AACAAUAUAUGGUAUCGAUAAAUUCCCUUCGCAAUUUUAUAAAAUUUUAAGACUUUACGGAUACAUUAUACUAUGUAUCCCAAACGGGUCUACAUCAACAACUUUUAUUACCUUAUUAACAAUUCUUCCAAUUUUCAAAAUUUAUUUUUUAACUAUGUUUUAUUUCAACUUUUUUGUACCUAGUGGCGACAAGGAUUUGAUAUUCCUCCAAACGUUAGACGUGACUUUUAUCGCAGCAAUUAUGGCGCUUUGAGUGUUUUCAACAAUUAUAAAAAACAUGCUCAGAGUAAACAGGUUUUAUGCGUUGGACAUCAUGUUAGUAAUUAAAGGAUUGGUGGUUGUUGAGCUUUAAUGUUACUUGAAGGAAGUUAAUCCAUAGUCUUUCAUUUUCGUAACCGCAUUUGAGCUGUUUUUCUCUACUUGUGCACAAAAAUUUUGCGAGGCGCAUUAUUUGGCAGCAUUACCAAGUAGUUUCUUGUAGUACAAUUGAGAUAUUUUAGUUUUCACGCUCGCAGGGUUGUCUGGAGUUGUGUUUGACAAACACCAAUAAUAUAUUCGAUUUUCCCGUUGCAUAGUUGAUAGAUGCUUGGAGAUUAUUUCAAAGCGUAACGUUAUAACAUGAAUCCAAUAAAGAUUUCGAUUGUUUUUAUUGCUGUUGCGCUUUUCGCACCCUUAGCCUCUGCGUCAGGGUUUGUGCCGUUUUGCACAGAAGCCUGCAACUCUUGUAAAACAUGUGGAAUAAAUUCAACCGUGGUCGACAAAAUGGCUCAAAUUCAGGAGGAUCUUGACGAGGCCAAGCUAAUAAUUGCAAAAAUGGAAGCAAGAGAGGGAGUUUGUGAUGUCAAAUCAGAAGAUAAAUGCUACUCAAUUGUGUCUCUAGCUUACGGGAUAAGCUAUGAUACUGGGAGACAAAUUUGCGCUGCCAGGGGCGGAGUUCCAGCUAAUAUAUAUUCAGAGCAGCAGUAUACGUUGCUAAUGGAGUACAUGCAAACCAAGAUUAUUUUAACACGAAAUGAUACUUUCCCUUGGACUGGAAUGAGAUUCAAUUCAACGUCAGAGAUAACCGUCCUUCGUAAUGGUACGGUGGCGCCAUUUUUAAAGUGGAUAACAGGAUACCCAUCCUCGGAUUGGAGACAUACCCGCAUUACUUUGGUACAGAAUCACAAAGCACAUGACGUUCGUUUCAUUGGAAUGCGAACACAAAAUGGUCUUGAUCGUGACCGUAAUGGAGUUGUUUGUGAAUAUUGAAGAUCAUAUCGAAAUGAGUUGCCAGUAAAAUAAAUUUGCAAUUUGUUUGAAUUUAAAUGGAAAAAUCAUUAUACCUAUACAAAUGGUCCGAUAUCCUAAACCCAUGAAUGUUUUCAAUGCAUUAUGUAUGGUCACACAAAUAUUACAUUUUGUCGUACAAAUACAUUUUUUCGUUUGCUUUCUGAAUAGAGAGUUUGCUCAUAUUCAUGGUAAUAUCAAACUUUAAAUAAAAUAAAAACUUGUG